GACGGGAAGGCGGGUUAGCAUGGUCGAGAAUUUUGGCAACACAGACCUGGCCCUUGAGGCCUGAGGCCUGAAGAACAUACCUUCUAGUUGUCCCCUAUAACUCUCAAGAUACUAUCAGCCACCAAUUAUCCAUCAUACACAUCAUGUGGUCCUGGGACACGCUGCCAAAUUCGCAUGCCCAACGCAAGUUCAUCGAACUUAUACUGGAAUGUAUCCAAACUAGGACCCGCUCUCGGAGAUUCCAGUUGGGUCAUACGGAAGUAUCGACAAAGCCACGGGCAAUUUGAUCAUCCAAGGUUCUAUAUAUCAGAUGAUUUCAAGCAUCAUCUUCUCGAUGCAGGUAUCAACAUUGAGUCUGGCGAGCACCUUCCCGAAGAAUGUCCAGAGGAGUCUGAAUUCAUAACUUGGUCUGAAAAUGUGAAAAAAAUCAAAUUGAAUGUCGAUUCUCAAACAGGUAUUCCUGAGAUUGCCACAGCUGCAAUCAAAGGGACAUGGCAAGUUAAGAAAGGCACCACUGGCGCUGUCCUGCUCAUGAAUAAGCCUCGCAUGAAACGCAUUACUUCAGACGUCCUGGGGAAGCUCGCGACACUCCGGCUCUUUCAAUCCACGUGCCUCGUUACCAAAGCCGUCUAUUGCCCUGCCUUCUCCAUGUACCUUUCAGAUACAAGCGGUGAAAGUUUCUCUACUCCCCUUUAUAUGAACUUUUGCAUGCGAGGCGCCCUCGUCAUAGGCGAGCGACACCAUCCCCAGUACGCACAGGUGAAAUGUUUCACUCCCGUCCCGUGGGUGCCUCUUGGUGAGGAUGGCACAGAGGUGCCGAUAUACAUCCGGAGUAAGGAACGAAUGUAGUGUUUGGGGUAAUCAGAAGAACUUGUAUCAUAUUGUAAUUUUAGGUCGUAAGUACACUCGACAAGCAAAGACCGCAUUGUAAAAUUUACAUUACAAGUUACAACACAUGUAAGCUGAUGGAAUAUCACAUCGUCAUCUUCAAUAUUGUACUAAUGAACGGCAUCUCUGGGACUUCGUGCGUGCACGAACGAGUUGCAGCAUC